CGGCCAACACUGCCACACACAAUAUGGCGCCAUAAACUCGCGCUUUUGCCCUGCUUCACAAGGAAACGGGACUCAAGGAAACAACAUUUGCACUCUACAGUUCCGCAUUGUGGUUAUCAUGCAGUCAUUCACAACCAAUACGAGAUCGAUCGACUAGAGCAGAGGAACAAAUGUUUUGUCUAUUUGAAAAGUUAGCUGUCAUAAACACAAAUGAUUACUAUACCGUUUAGCUCAGUUGAAGUGAUGAUUAGGUUGUGAGUUAGUGAUGGAGAACAUUGACGAGACACCGUUUCGGAUCACCCGUACCGUCCAAGCUCUGGGCUCCGCACUACGGGGAGAGCCUGAAAAUGUUCCCGAUGCCGGUCAGGGUAGCAGUGACAGAAUCUCGAGUGAGCCGGAGAAGCUUUGGUUUAAAGAAAGCAGCGCUAAGAAUCUCCAAAACAGGGAUUUCUUGUCACCCACUACGGUGCUGAAUACGCUUUAUGCAGACGGACAGGUUCCCCCAGCAGUGAUGGGUAGAGUGCUGUCCCUGAAAGGGUGUGGGGUUCUCCCUGUGGCUGGUGGGGAGGUCAUGGGAGAGGGGCUGAGGGUGCGGGUUGACCGGAUUGCCGCGUUUCAGAAGGUCCUGAGUGGAGUGUCGGCGUACCUGAAGCCUCCUAGCCAGAGACAGGGGGGUGUGGUGCUCAACUGCCCGGCCCUUCACCCCAAACCCAAUUUACCCUCCCCGGACACACUCACGCUGGGGCAACUACGCACUGUGCUGCUGACUGACCACUUAGGGGCGCUACUGAGGAGACAGGGGUUUACUGUGUCCUGCUGCCCUGUGCUGCCUGAAGAUAGCAACAUCAUCGUCUUCCUCCGAAUGCUUGGCGUCGAUUGGCCGUCAGUGCCGGUCAGCUGGACCAAUGACGAGAGGGAGGAGAAGAUGUUGGAGGCUUUACAGAAUUCCCCGUACAAAGAAAGAGAGGAGACAGAUGGAGGAAGGCGAGAGAGUGAAGGAAAGAAGAUGGAGGGAGAGAAGGAGUGGGGGACGCUCAGGGUGAACUUGAAGAGGGUGUUUCAGGAGGAGCAGCUGCCAGGGUAUGACCCCAGCCUGGGUACCUGUACAGUGCAACGAGACAGUGUGUCUCAUCUGGCCCAACUGGACAGGGCUACUGCAGACUGCACAGUAUCCACAGCAACCGCGGUACAUGUCACUUCCUGUCAGGAUGAGUUCCGUCAGCAGCAGAUAGCGAUGCUAUGGAGAGCCAGCGGUGCAACAGUGACACAGACCAUCCCUGGAGACCUUCUCCCAUUCAUCACUUCCUUCAUGAACUCAUCCCUGACCGUUUCCCCAUCUGACUUUAAGAUGGCCAGAGUCAAGAAGCCAACACUCGACUCCUCUGACGUCAAAAACAACAGACCGAGGCAUCUAGUUUGUGGACCAGUGAAGACUCCUGGAAGUCACCUCAGUGCGGCCCAGUAUCUCCAACUGAGAAGAGUGCAGAUGAAGGAGGCCUCAGAGAUGAAGUACGGAGAACAAGUCGAAGGCCAGACUUGGGAUGACAUCAUCAAGGUCAUGACCUCAGCCACUGUGAGGUUUGAGCUGCUCUCAACGGUCCAUAUGAGCCCGGUCACCCUGGACGUGCAGAGGGAAGGCAGUGUGUCCACCAAAGGCCCCAGAGGCGGAGUCUUUGUCAUGUACAACUGUGCUCGGCUCCACACCCUCUUUGACAGUUACGAGCGAGGCAUGGAGAAGGGACUUUACCCUGAAAUCCCAGAGGGCUCCCAGUUGGACUUCUCAGCUCUAAAAGAAGAGGGGGAGUGGCUUCUUCUGUUCAAUUACCUCAUUCCAUUCUCUGAGCUUCUCGACCAAUCAGGACAGGUGUUGGAGUGUGAUGGAGGGGCCAGAGUCAACCUGAAGACUGAACAGAUCUGCAAGUUCCUGGUGUCUCUCAGUAAGGAUUUUAGCUCCUAUUACAACAGAGUCCACGUCCUUGGGGAGCCGUUGCCUCACCUCUUCAAUCAGAUGUUCUGUCGGCUGCAGUUGUUGAGAGCACUGAGAGAGCUCUACCAUCGCGCGUUGGAUACGCUUCACCUUCCUCCCAUCCGGCAGCUAUAGCCACAAAUACCCCAACUGUAGCCCCGAAUAUAGCCCCAACUGUAGCCCCAACAAAUGCCCCCAACAUACCCCAACAAAUGCCCCGAAUGUAGCCCCAACAUACCCCAACAAAUGCCCCAAAAUACCCCAACUGUAGCCCCAACAAAUGCCCCAACAAAUGCCCCAACUGUAGCCCUGACAAAUACCCCCAAAAUACCCCAACUGUAGCCCCGAAUAUAGCCCCAACUGUAGCCCCAACAAAUGCCCCCAAAAUGCCCUGAAUAUAGCCCCAACAAAUGCCCCCAAAAUACCCCAACUGUAGCCCCGAAUAUAGCCCCAACUGUAGCCCCAACAAAUGCCCCCAAAAUGCCCUGAAUAUAGCCCCAACAAAUGCCCCCAAAAUACCCCAACUGUAGCCCCGAAUAUAGCCCCAACAUGCCCCAACAAAUGCCCCCAAAAUACCCCAACUGUAGCCCCGAAUAUAGCCCCAACAUGCCCCAACAAAUGCCCCCAAAAAUACCCCAACUGUAGCCCCAACAAAUGCCCCCAAAUACUCCAACUAUGCCCCAUGAACUGCCCCAAAUAUAAGGCCUAAUAACUGCCGUAAAUUAUCACUAGCCUAUCCCCUACAUGAAAUACACAUAUAAAUGUCACUUUUACUACUGUACUGUAGCUAUUAGGCUUUUAUCCCCCCCAAUUAAAACCCUGUGAAGUCCUCUUAUGUAUAUGUGACAUACACCUGGUAUUACACCCAGUCUAUUUACUGUUGAUGAAAGAAACUGUAGAGAUAAUUUGCACCCCUGUGUGAAGCCUUGGUCUCCCCAGACGUAUCACCAGUAUCUCUGAUGCACCACAGAUGCAGCCUCUACCAGAGACCCUCACUGCCUUUGAAACGAUGAACAUCUGCCUGUCUUCGGUCUUCCCUUCUACGAUACCAUAGACACUAUUCCACUAACAGACAACUGCCCUAGAGCCAUAGAUAUAGUAUUUACACACACUGUAUGUACACCGUGUAAGCACUGCCCCCGUCCUCAUCACUAGAUAUUGCUCCUGGCCACCAUGAGCCAUUUACUGUCCCCUUCUCCCUUCCCCUCCUACUUGAAUAAUACAAAUAUAUAUAUAUUUCAUUGGAAUUGGCUGUGUCAGUAUUAUAUAUAUAUAUAUAUAUAUAUUGUGGUAAACCGUGGGGUGUUGGGUUGAGCGUGCAGAGAUUGACACAGAGACAGGGAGGGCUUUAGUCCGCAAAAACAAAUAUAUCAAAGAAAUUGCUCUGUCUUCCUUCUCUCUCUUCACCGGUGUCCGUCUCUCACCCGCGGUGUGCCACCGUGCUCCUUUAAAAAAAAAAAAAAAAUGUGUCCGUUAUUUUACCAGGUAAGUUGACUGAGAACACGUUCUCAUUUGCAGCAACGACCUGGGGAAUAGUUACAGGGGAGAGGAGGGGGA